AUCAGGAGCUCCACAUUCUUGACCUUAGAUUAAGCAAAUUAAAUCAUUUGAAACACCAAUACAAACCCAUCUUCCCCCUUAAUCCUACAUUGGUUCAUGUAGCUUCCAACUUACUCCCAAGUGUCCACAAACACACAGAGAGAGAGAGAGAGAGAGAGAGAGAGAGAGAGAAGAGAGAUUCUUCCAUGAUGUGGUUGUUCAUGAGGCCAUUCUUGCAAGGAUUUUGAGCUGAAUUGAAGUUCCUUCCAACAAGAUGGGUGUGGUUACAGUUGGUGAAUUGAAGCCCAGUAUAUCUAGCAAGAGAUUAUUCAGACCCAGCUCAAGUACAAGGCAUACUACUGAAUGGCCAAUCUCUGAUGUUUCCAGUGAUCUCACAGUUGAAGUAGGAGCAGCAAGCUUUUCACUUCACAAGUUCCCUCUGGUUUCUCGUAGCAGCAAGAUCCGGAAGCUGUUGCUAGAAGCAAAGGACUCGAAAGUUUCAUGGAUAAGUCUACCUUCAGUUCCAGGUGGAUCAGAAGCAUUUGAGUUAGCUGCAAAGUUCUGUUAUGGUGUAAACGUCGAGAUCACAUUAUCAAAUGUUGCAAUGCUAAGGUGUGUGGCUCAUUACCUAGAAAUGACAGAGGAGUUAGCAGAAAAGAACUUGGAAAUCAGAACUGAAAUCUAUAUAAAGGAGAUGGUGCUCCCAAAUAUCUCAAACUCCAUAACUGUUCUUCAUCGUUGUGAAACACUCCUACCUCUUGCAGAAGAGAUCAACCUAGUUAGUAGGAUUAUCAAUGGAAUUGCAUCUAGUGCUUGUAAAGAGCAACUCACUUCUGGUUUAUCCAAACUUGAGCCAAACUUCCUUGUCAAACCUUUGACAAAUAUAGAACCAGAAACUCCAUCAGAUUGGUGGGGAAAGGGACUUACAGUGCUUAACCUAGAUUUCUUCCAGCGGGUUCUGUCGGCAGUUAAAUCAAAGGGCCUGAAACAGGACUUGAUCAGCAGGAUCUUAAUAAACUAUGCACAUAACUCUCUUCAAGGUCUUGUUGUUAGAGACUCUCAAUUGAUGAAAGGAAGCUUCUUGGACACAGAAUUGCAGAAAAAGCAGAGAUUGAUUGUUGAAGCAAUAGUGAGUUUAUUACCAUCCCAGACAAGAAAGAGUUCAGUACCAAUUGCAUUUCUUUCAGGUUUAUUAAAAACGGCAAUAAUGGGGUCAGCCUCUGCCGCUUGCAAAGCCGACUUAGAGAGAAGAAUUGGGCUUCAACUUGACCAGGCUAUUCUUGAGGACAUUCUCAUUCCUGCAAAUUCACACAGUAGCAAUCACCAUCCUUUGUAUGAUACAGAUUCAAUAUUCAGGAUAUUCUCCAUCUUCCUAAACUUAGAUGAGGAUGACAAUGAGGAGAACCAAUUUCGGGAUGAAACUGAAAUGGGUUAUGAAUUUGACAUCCCUGUAUCUCCUAAACAGAGCUCAAUUCUGAAAGUAUCAAAGCUACUGGACAAUUAUCUAGCAGAAAUUGCAUUGGACUCAAACUUGAUGCCAACAAAGUUCAUUGCUUUAGCAGAACUACUACCAGACCAUGCCCGUGGUGCGACUGAUGGGUUAUACAGAGCUGUUGAUAUCUUCCUCAAGGUUCAUCCAAAUCUCAAGGACUCCGAACGCUACAGACUCUGCAAAACCAUUGACUGUCAGAAAUUAUCUCAGGAAGCUUGCAGUCAUGCAGCACAAAAUGAAAGACUACCUGUGCAAAUGGCAGUCCAAGUGCUCUAUUUUGAGCAGAUCAGGCUUAGGAAUGCCAUGAAUGGUGGUCACAAUCAGUUCUUCUUUGGUUCAACCAAUAACCAAUUCCCUCAAAGAUCAAGCAGUGGCGCAGGUAGUGGAGCUAUCUCUCCAAGAGACAACUAUGCUUCUGUGAGAAGGGAGAAUAGAGAACUGAAGCUUGAAGUUGCAAGAAUGAGAAUGAGGAUGACUGAUUUGGAGAAAGAUCAUGUCUCUAUGAAACAAGAUCUUGUUAGAUCAAAUCCUGCUAAUAAGAUACUCAAAUCUUUAACCAAGAAGCUAAGCAGGUUCAAUGCCUUGUUCAGGAUAAAAGAAGUCAAGCCCCUUAGUACCAAAGCUAACUCAGAAGCUCCAUUUCUAUUUCAGAGGCAAAGGCCCCUCUCUCUUUCAUGACCAUAUAUAUGUUUAGUGUGUAUAAGAGUUCAUAAAAAUGGGUAUUGUUUCUGGUCUCAGUUGAUAGUUUUGAGAAUUUAUGUUUGUUCAAUACCACUAUUUUGAUUUUUUUUUUUUAGUGAGAUUUGCAAGUGUCAAUGUAUGAAUUCUAAAGGUAUCUCUGAAGUCUUUGAGAAUCCACUUGAUCUUUUAUA